CGCUUGGCGAUCGAUUACACUUCCCCUGUCAGGAUCGUUAGUAGAUUUCCGAGUGACCCGAGUGCGUGUGAUAAACAUGGAACAAAGUGUUGGGUCGCUUCAGGAGCAGGCCUUGAAGCGAAAGGAAAGACUAAAAGCACUAAGAGAUAAACAGCUUUAUGGGAGAGAACAGGAAAAUGAGGAGCCACAGAAGAAAAAAGCGGCACUAGAGGAGCCUACAGAGGGAAGGCACAGAGAGCUGAAGCUGAGGAACUAUACUCCUGAGGAUGAGGAGCUCAAGGAGAGACAGGUGCCCAAAGCCAAACCAGCAUCAGUUGAAGAUAAAGUGAAAGACCAGUUAGAGGCAGCUAAUCCAGAGCCCAUUAUUGAGGAAGUGGAUUUGGCCAAUCUUGCCCCAAGGAAACCUGACUGGGAUCUAAAACGUGAUGUUGCAAAGAAACUGGAGAAGUUGGAGAGAAGAACACAGAGAGCCAUUGCUGAGCUCAUCCGAGAUCGUCUGCGAGGCAGCGAGGAGGAGUUGGCUGGUGCAGUGGGAGCAGCAAGAGCGGAGGAGGGAGACUCAGACUGAAUUCAUAUUGUGACAGUCAAAAUAAUAAAUGAGCAGGACAUCCUGACCUUUGUGUCCCAUCUGUGUGACGCUCAGAAAGAUGGCUGCUGCCAUAGCUGCAGGAAGUAAUGUCUUGGUAUCAUUGUAUUAUACAUACAGUAUGAAUAUGCAUUCUGUAAAUGUAGUUAUAUGCAAUGUUAAUGUUGUCCAUAUUGUUUUUUUAUAUUGUCUAGUAAAUUGAUAAUUUUCCAAGUUCA